AUAUAUCUAAUAUACAGUAUAGAUGGAAGAUAUUAAUUGUUCUUUAUAUAAAUUAUAGAAAAAAUCAAAGAUAUCUUCCUCUCGAAAGCUGGGGUUGAAGAUUAGGCUGUUGGCAGUUGCUGCUCAGAUGCUGCAGGAGGAGGCAGAGCAGAAGAAGAAGGAGAGAGAGGCUGCUCUGGCAGAAAGAGUUCCUCCAGUAAAUCUGUCUGGUCUGUCUUUGCAAGAGCUCCUGGAUCUAUGCAGAGAUUUGCACCACAAGAUUGAUGUUGUUGAUGAGGAGCGCUAUGAUAUUGGCCUCAAGGUUUCCAAAAAUGACAAGGAGAUUGAAAACAUGAACCUGAAGAUCACUGAGAUUCAAAGUAAGUUCAAGAAACCGACCCUGAGGAGAGUGAAGAUCUCAGCUGAGGCCAUGCUGAGCGUCCUGCUGGGCUCCAAACACAAAGAGUCCUUCGACUUCAAGGCCAACCUCAAAACAGUCAAGAAGGAAGAGGAAAAGAAGGAGGAGGUGACUGACUGGCGUAAGAACGUGGAAGCCAUGUCUGGUAUGGAGGGCAGGAAGAAGCUGUUUGACGCCUCUGGAAACUAAAGACACAAUUAUUUUUGUUUGAAGCAUCUUUCUUUUUAUGAUCAAUUCUUAACAUAACCUACAGUCUGAUCUGAUUUUGAUUCAUGAAUUGCAGGUAGGAUAAACCAGGAUUGUUUUAGAAGAGCAACAGACUUUGAAUAUUUUAAAAGGGAUUGUAGGCAUUAAGUUGUUUUAUAGAACAGGAAAAAAUUAAUUAUAUAUGGUAUUACAGACACAGUGUUGUAUUCUGAUGACUUCAGUAUUAACUGUUGUGUACUAAUGACGUAGUGAUUGUUUGCAGUAUUUCUCCACUGCAACCUUGAGAUGGCAGUAUAAGUCUUUCAAACCAUCGCAGUCCCCUCAGACACAUUAUAUUGUAGUUGACUGUGCAGAAAUAUUGUUUGUCCCUCACUAUUAACAGCUAAUAGUGCGUUGUCUGUUGUGAUAAACUGCCAUCAAAGUUUGUCACACAUCCAAUUACCUUUGGCAAUUAAACAUAUACUGCUACUUAUUAAAAUUAAAUAGUAUAAUUGCACUCUUUGUUAUUAAGUCACUGCUGUGGGAGUUUGAAGAAAUGUUCUCUCAAUAAAGUCUGAACAAUCUU